UCGCCCGCAUCCGUCGGCUGCAGGCGCAGCACGGCAGCCACCGCUCGCUGCGCGGCAAGCUGAAGGAGCGCGACGCACGAACGCAGCGGCGGCAGGCCCUCAUCCACGGCAUCUCGGCCGACCUCACCGCGCAUGACAUCGAGCACUUUACGGAGAAGAAGCGCGCCGAGGACCGCGAAGAGAAAAUCGCGCGGGCGCAGGAGACGCGGCAGGCCAACUCGAAGUUCGAGGCCCGCAAGAAGGAGAAGAGCAAACUCAAUUCCACGCACGUGGAACACGCGAAACGCGGAAAGCUCUUCAACAUGACGAAGCGGUCGCAUCGGGUCGGCGCCAAGCUCAAGGCAUCCGUCGCAGAUAGGUCAAACCGCAACAAGGAGAACAAGAAGAAAGACAUCAAGUUCCGCAUUCGACGGGGGUGGAAGGCGUAA